UCCAUCCUACCCGCACCACCUCAUUUUCAGUCUCUCGUUUCAGAGACACGGCCACGUUCUGCCAUUCUCACACGUUUAGUCUCAGAGUCGUCUCACUGCUCCCUGCACCAUAAAAUAAUAAAAAGUGAUCAUUAUUGAGAGAUUCUUUCACGAAAUUUCCAUUCAUAUCUAUCCACUUAUUGCACACAUUGAGAUAUCAAUUACUUACCUUUUCCCCGCUCCUUUCCCUCUCCAACCGGCUUCACUCUCCUCACAUUUUAUGCAAGACGGACGAGCAAAGUGUGUUCCCUGAUACCGUACUCUGGGUUCCGGUCGUGUAUGAAGUAACCCGGCAAGAGAAGAAAGGAUUUUUUGCAGUGCGUGACCACAAACAAGGCAUUCAACUGCGUAAAACUGUUCGAUUUAUUAUACGGAACGAGGAGGGCGCUCGCCAAACCAAUUUCUGCUAUCUGCUCUGCUCAUCAAUUGCCAUCAACGGCAUUGGCCAAUUGAGUUAUAACGAGGAAGAAACAUAUUACUUCACUUGAGAUUUAUCAGACUUUGCUACAUACGCAAGAGUGGGAAUGAGAAAUGGAAUGGUGAAGAUAAGAAAAAUAGAACAAGAGGAGAAGUGAGAUUGCAACAUGACUUCAUGAGACUACUUGUCAGCAAAAAGUCAAGAAAUUGCCAAGUAAUAUUUUUAUUAUCAUUUGUUGAAGGAGCUACCGAAACUCAUCACGGCUUGUCUUGUCAUCUCGUACAUAAAUAUAGCUGGACUGUGCGCCCCCAGCUGCAGCAUCUCAGGAACGGACUUUGUUUCGGUGAAGGCAAAAGUAAAGAGGCAUUUUAUGACUUCAUCUCUUCUCUCUCUUCUUGGACAAGUUUUCGCAGAGAAAAGAACGCACGAUUGACUGCAAUGUCUCAGAUAUGACAGUGUAUUCAUAGUAACCGUCAUAACUUGACUUGACUUUGGUUUGCGAAUCGAGGACAAGCUCAACUCACAAAGCAAGAACCUUAGCCAACAUUCCAGUGGACGAGUAUGUACUAUCGGGCAGUUCAUUUGUGAGGUCUCAUCCUUCCUUUCCAGACCAUGUGGCUCUCUCUUUAGCCAUUUCUUCUUGCGUUCACUCCAAAUACACGAAUUCAAUUUCCAAGUUCAUGAAUAUAAACGACUCAUUCAGUCUCCAUUGAUGGACGUAUUUUAUAUUCCAACCGAUUCUUAUCCAACAACUUAUUGGCUGUGCCAGUGAAUGGGCUGCAGGAGUUAAGCAGGAUGUCAUUAUCAUGAGUUCCUAUUUACUAUACCUGCCCACGCUAUUGUUCUGAAAGAAAUCGCAAAUGGGUUCCCCAAUAGCGAAUAAUGUGCACUGAAAGACGGCAAAUUGGACAAACUUUUGCAAUCUGAAUUUGUGCAAGAUUGUGUGUCCGAUCCUGACGGACGUUUGUGUCCAAUCUGAAACUUGCUUCUACCUGAAAUAAAUAUGUCAGAAUUUUUAUGAAAUAAGGGAGCUCGUGUCAAUCUUGUUCGAGGAAAAGGAGGGGAUAGCUCCUGUCCGGUCAUUUAUUGUCGAUUUCGAUAUUGAUCUUGAGUUAGCGUCUUAUUGAACUCCCCCACUGCCUGAACCAACUCUCGCACAGACUUGCUGGUGGACUGGAUGGAUGUGAAUUGAGUGGAUGGGCUCCAGUUAUAAAAAUACACAACAAAGCUGAAGAAUCCAACAUUGCCUUGACUUGACAAAGUCAGUAAGUAAGCAUCUCGACUUAACAAGAAGCAAUUAAUUCAAUCACUGCAAUCGAGUUAGAUGCGUCGGAUGAGAAACUGAAAGCGGUUUUCAAUUCUCAUAAAUUAAGAGAAACUCUCAGGAGAAUUGGACAUCCCAUUCAACAUUCGUACAUUAUCUUGUGUUAUAUUUCGUUCCUUCGCUCACUGGUGAAUUGUGAAAAAUAAAUGUAACAAAAGCUUGAGAAAGUGGACGAUAAAUUUUCUCGGAUAAAAGAUCCGAACUACCGAUUCUCGUAUCGGAACAAAAUUGUCACCUACGGUGAGCAGGGCCUGCAUACUGCCACAGACUCUUCCUUCCUUGGCGUGUGCUUCUGAAUAAAGGGAGUGCAUUAGCGAUUCCGUCUGACGGAGAGAGGUGGGAACCUAGCGUUGGAUCCUACAUAAAGUGAAAGUGCGAUUACACUUCCUCUCUCACCUCGUGCCAUUGUACUUACGGACCUCAUUCUACUUGGCUAACCAGGUAAAUAUUAUAUACCUACGAGCUUUGGUGCGUUGAGUGGCAAACAACUUGGCACAGUGAGACUCAUUUUAUUAAGGGAAAAGAAAGCGACGCUGGAGUGAGCAGAUUUCCCGUGGAUUGCAGAUGCGGAUGGAACAACUUUGUCCGUCUCCAGAAUCGACCUUUACUCUCCAAGGUGAGAUAGAAGAAACGGGAACGCACAUUUAUUAAGUUGGAUUGGAGUGGGACCCAUACAGAGGACGACGCCUCCUUCACAAGGCGUGAGAUGAAAAGGGCAGCGAGGAGUUGAAGUUGAGGAAAUUAUCUCAAGACAAGACAGGAGGAGUUGACAUAAACGUAUGACUGGGCUUAUCCAACUUCUCCUCACGACCUCUCGCAAGCCGCACCCACCACAGCACAACAAUUCUGACGACCAGGACGGAGAAGUGGUGCUUCGCCCCUGUAUCCUUCGCUUGCCCACUUCGCAUCCCUUUUUGAAAUGUUUGGACACAGAUUAAAAUCGUGGAUGGAAAACAAAUUAUAUCGCCAAAAAUCUAACCAUCAGAACCAAAAGAGCAACCGAGCACUGAAGGAUGCCACAGCCACGUCUCAAUCUCCAGAAUCCAGUGGAGGAGUCGGUCCCUCUCUUACGUCGACGACCUCCCCGACGACGACCUCAACAAUAACGACAAUGACGACGGUGACAAGUGGUGCUGGACUGAUAUCUUCAUCAAACGUCACCAACAACGCCGCUCCGUCCAGUUCACAAAUUCAAUCGGAAUCAGUGGCAGCAGUUCAAACGGCGCAGCUCCAGAAACAAGAAAAUCGCCCAACAAAAGAUUACGAAGACGACGAAGAGGAGAAAAUAGAGGAGCAAGAACAUCAUCAUCAUCAGGGAAUCACUUGCACCCGAUCCAGCACCACUGGCUCAGUUAGCAAUAGCACCAGUCACAACAUUCUCCAGGGAGCGUUUUGCAACAACCUGUCUUCGCCGGACACGGGGUAUUCUACGGACGGCUACUCACCGAAAAGUGUGUACCCAGCUCUUUCCUUCGAGUCGUCUGGAAAGUCUACCCCCAAAUCAUCCUACACAAUCAGUUCGCUCGUCUCCUCCGAGCUGCAUCUCAGCACCAGUUCCAAGGGGAACACGGCCAGUCUCUCCUCAGCCAGUUGCUCAGUCAACAAUGGUCUCGAGUCAGACGACGUUGAAUGUGCUUCCCCACGAGUUUUGCUGAAGACAUCCGCCUCACUCCCUCCUCAUCCAGAGGCUGACAGAUCCAACUUGGGACUUGGAAAUGGUAUUAUUAUCAACGAAAAGAAGACGAGUGCCGCUGGAGGGGGAGGAGGACAUGAGAAUCAAAUUACCUCACAACAGCAUUCACAUUCCAUUAAGCAGCAGCCGUCCAACAAUGCUGCUCCUGUCACUCUAACAACUCGGGACAGUUUCAGAGGUAAUGACAAUGUCAGCGACACACAAUGUAAUCCAAAAAAGUCAUCAUUGAGCCAUCUCGUCGGAGGCGAGUUUACGUCACAUCAGCAGCAACUUUCUCCAGCUGAACGUGGGGGCAGUAUGGUAGCAGCCAAGCAAAUGCAUGGCAAUUGUACUAGUCAAGGCAUCAUUAUUGACCAGAAUUGCAGAACAGGAUCAAGUAACCUCAACUCUGAUAAUUAUGACGGUCAUAUCUGCUCCUCAACAAACCCUUUUUGUAGCGGUUGUAGCCAUCGAAUCCAAAGUAGCCCCGCUCCCCCUACGACUACCCCUUUCGAUAACAAUCCUCACAAUCACACGAGGAACAGCAACGUGAAUGAGCUAAAGUUAAGUGUGCCAAGAAGUGCGUCGCCGGAUAAUAGUGAAGGUAAUUCAUCAUCAUCCUUGUUGACAGGCUCGAGCAACCGGAAUAUCCGAACCUCAUUCGUCCUUGUAACCACUGCCACCAGUCAGAUUCCUGAAUGUGCGAGUAGUUUCAGCUUAAAAAAUUCCUUCUCCAUUUGCUCUCCAAGAAAAGAGCGCACGAGGAUAAAGACUAACCCCUGGAUUACCUUCACCAAUACGACGAAUGAUGGAAAUUCAAAUAAGGUUGAAUCCAAUAGUUCGCCAGUUGUGAUCAGGGUGAACAAGGGAGCAGGACAUGUGGGCUUGGUGAGUGGAAAUACCGGAACUGAGAAAGUCAGCAUGAUACAAUCCCAGCACUUGGUCUGCAGGAGCAGUAGCACCUGUCUCAGCAGUUCUGCUACACGCAGUGGAAUUGGCAGUGGUGGUACUGAAGAUGCGAGGAACGAAACUGACAAUCAGGCGAAAGGUAGUCGUGAAACUGGAGGGGAAAUUAGAAACAUGUGCAACAAAGGAGAAAGCAGAGACAGUGGGAUCGAGGAUCAUCAUCAUCACCAUCAUCAGAGUGGUGAUACAUUGAGCUUAGUUUACCGUAUUUCCACAUCUGCAAGCGCGUCCGAUUCAGGUUUGGAUUUGGAGUCUGGAACGUGUAAUAGAAAUUCCACGGAAUCUUCCUUGUUAAGUGAUUCUGCAUCUACUCGAAACUCCAUGAUUUCACAUGAAGCUGAGCUUGGAUGUAGUCGCAGCAGUAGCAUCACCAGUCCCACCACCUUUUUCGCUGCUCCGCAACAACAGCAACAACACAUUGGAGAUUACCAAGCAGCAUCUUCUCAUCAUCAGUGUGUUAAAGUACCACCGGUGAAAGUGAGCAGUGGUUGUGGUGGCCGGACGGCGAUGAUGGGGUCAAGUGCGGGUGUUAGUGCUCUAAGAAGCACCCCGACGGCGGUGAAGAAAUCACCCGUACCAAAAGUGUAUAAUAAUAAUAAUAAUAAUAUGGUCAUGGUGUCAAACAAUGAAAAUAGUCAAGUGGAAGACCAAGACGUCACUUCCUCGUCCAUCACACUUCCUCCAGAACUCCUUUCAUCGAGUAGGAGCAUUAGUGUAAGUGCUCAGACAAAUGUGAUUAUGGUUGAUAAACAGACGGAUAUCUUGAGUGACUGGAAUACGGAUGAUGACGGGGAAGAUGAGAUUGAGACGGAUAGGAACGACGAUGACGACUGUGACGACGAAGAGGAGGACGAACGAGUUACACCCACACCUUCCUCACCAGACACAGACACUGGAGGAAGGGCAAUUUUUCAUCGUAGUCAAUCCACCAGCAGUGUGACCGAUAUAGAUUUUGGUGAUAGCAGUGCGGCAACGGCAGCCUCCUCCACAGGAAUUGCUCCUUCAUCGUCCAUUUUUAAAAGUCAAGCCGGUAGCAAAGUAGGUUCCUCUAUGUAUAACCAUAAGGGUGCUAUCAACAAGAUCAGUUGCGUGGCCGAUAUUUACAAUCAUGAUAAUCAUCAUCGCCAUAAUAAUAUGAUCAGCCCACAGACCACAUGUUACUCGUCGAAUCCCACUCCUCCUCAACAAGGAGGGCCCCAAAAUAUUCACUGGGUCGAGACUGACGAAAUGUAUGAUAGGAAACUGACGAUGGAAAAAACAACGAGAAUAACGUCAAUGGAAAAUGACAUCCUUCGAAUAACUCCAAAAACUGGGGUAAUGUACCCCACGAGACAUGCACUCGGAAUUGAUGCCGAUUCACUCUGCUCUGAUGUCUGUGAGUUUCCUGAUUAUAAUGCAAAUAAGCCACUGCCAAACUCAUCCUCGUCGUCUAAUGCAAUUGCCAGAGGAGCGUUGGGGUUUCUCAGAAAAAUAUUCAAAAAGGGGUCAUGUUCCAGUCACAGGACUAGUCCGGGGAGCGAUAAAGUCAAAAUUCCUCGUUCUGCCAAAUCUAAAGACAGUCAUUUGGACGACAAUAUUGCAACCAUAACUGGGUUACGAUCUACUUCCCUGAUAACGACGGCAGAUGCGUUAGUUUCUCCUCAUCCACUUGUCUCAAGAAAACCGUCCAUUAACGGCUACUUUCUAACACCCACUCCAAAUGCGUUCAGAAGGAGGAGCGGUGGUGGUGGUGGCGACUCGUCCGAUUCCAAUAAAGGUUCGCACAAACAUCACAAUAAGGCUGUCAAGACGGAUGUCAUUAGACUGCUGCCGGCAGGAGCACUUUCUCCAACCCAACAAGUCUUGCAUGCAAACUCCUCAUCGUCCACAUCUUCCUCCACCAAAAAUGCGACCAUUAUUGGUGCUUUCUCUAAUAAUAUAACUGAGAGUGGAAAUAAUAAUAUUCACGCGUACUCGAAUACCAGCACAAACUCCACUGCGAGCUCGAUUCAUUCCAUGUCGACCUCCACGUCCGCAGCCUCCAACACUGGAACGGGCCUUGGUGGCGAAAAUCAUGUAAAUGGACACCCUCCAUACGGUCGAAACCAGAAUCAACGUCUUAACGACAACUUUUAUUCGAAUUCCAACUCGAGUAGGCAACCCCCAUUUUUGCCCAUUGAAAACGGCAGAGGACAUUAUCCGCCACCUACAGAAAUGCAUUCCACCAAACCACCUCAAUUGCCAGCGCAACCCCCCGUACCUCAGGAUCCAGCCUACCACCCAUACUAUGGACAAGUACCAACCCAUCUUCCUGCUCCAACUUGUCAAAUAAGUCACCAGCAACAAGAUCGUGACUUUGGAGCGGGACACGUUUACCGACCCCCCUCCACUUGUGGUCCGUAUGAGUCUCCCCGGCUUCAAAAUCCUCAUCAUCACAGAAUUAAUUCCCCAAGUUUUAACAACUAUUCACCGAUUCAUCGCUUGGUUGUAACAAAUGGAGCAUCACAAUUACUACUAAAUCGUGGCGGAUCUUCUACUUCCACUAAUAAUGGUCCAAACUGUGCUUCACCAAUAAUUCCACCAUUUCAAUCUACCGAGUCCCCACACUUAACCUCAAGAAAUAGAAAUAGAGGAGGUGCUGACUCGAAAAGUUAUUUACAUCAACACAAUAACAGCAAUAAUAACAACACUUCAUCAGCAGCACAAAUUCCUAACAUAAAUCGUUCCUAUCAGACCACAUCUUCCUCACCUUCCCCUCUAAUUAAUAAGCCCAGCCAUCAACAUCAUCAUCAUCAACAACAACCACAGCAGGAACCUCUUUCCAUUUCAUCGCCUCGACCCCAGCUCCCAGCAUCCAAUACUUUCACCUCCCCUUCACCCAUUCAAAGAAAUCCCCGGUAUCAAUACAUCACUUCCUCAAAUCAAAACUCGCCCAUUCUGAAUGUCCCCAAGAGAAUGAAUGGAGGGGUAACAGCUCCUCCUCCGCCGUCGAUUCCUCAAAACCCGCACUAUUAUUACCAUAACCAUGCUAACCAGCAGAACCAGGAAGGAGGAUCAUCAUUUCCCAACGGGCGACCGCCACCGUCCUUCUCGACUUUCUCCCCUACGCCUCCUUCGAGACAAAUCACCACACAAUGUAAUAAUAAUCCAUUUUCAGCUGCCAGUCCUAAUUUGAAUCACCAUCAACUAAAUUCACAACCCGUACAAAAUCCUCUUUGCAUCACCACUUCUCGACAGCAUCGAAGCUUGGAGAAUAGCGACAUGACAAACUCUUCUCCGAAUAAUCCUAAUCUUCACCUUCAUCAUCGAGGAGGCACAAGAGGACAGGAAAGUAGUGCAGAAUGUCCAGGUCUAUCAUUAAAUAGUCCAAACAACAAACAUAUUUUAAGCCGUAGUCAAAGUUAUCAAGUUCAGGAGCACCAACAGGAAGACCAGUUCCACCCACCAGUGCAUUAUUAUGCGUCACCAGUAGUGGUCUCACAACCAAUACUCCCACCACAAACUCAGCAGCGAAUGAUAGGUCCACACCCGGUCGUGCAUCCCAUGAGCUUGAGUUUCAAUGAACCUCCAUUAUUAAUGAGGGCACAUCUUCACAACCAAAAUGUUCGACUUAACAAUUUUCUCAUGAAGAUACGUCAGCAUCAUCAUCAUCCCAUCCAACCUGACGCUUUUGCUGUCGAACAACAAAUUCCUCAGUCUGACUCGUUCCAAGAGAGGAUUUACGAGACUGUGGGUUCCGAGGAUGACAACGACCAGAAUGAUGAUGAUGACGAGGAGGAUGAGGAACACGGGUGCGUAGAUGGUGGAGGCAUAAUAAGAAACCGCAACAGCAUGCAUCACCAUAAUAAUGCCAUAAGAGAUCAUUGCUUUCACCUAACCAACGAAGGCAGUGGCAACGGCCUGGAGCAGCACAGGACCAAGAAGAAUCGUCGUUUACCAACCGCAAUUUCGAAUCUGGAAUCAGGAUUCCCAUUCUCAAAUAGAAGCAGUGGCAAUGUUGAUGAUAUAGCCUCUAAAUCCAAAACUGAACAAAGUUCAAAAUCAAAAAGAUCAAAGACUAAGCUUCAUCCUUCCUACUCCUCACAACAAUACUACACGAGUGAAAGUUGUGAAAAGGACUCCAUGUGCCAACAACCCCCACGUCCACCAGUCCCCAUGGCUCUUUUUGGUCCCAAUACUUUCUUGUCGGAAACGGAAACGAGGCUGAUCCUGGAGACUGAUGAUAGAGAAGAAAGCCGAAAAUUCAAACGCCUCAUCAAUGAAGCUGAAGCCUUAUUGCGAGAAAUCACAGCAGUAAAAUCACAACAGCAGCCUUGGGUCCCACAACAACAAUUUCCGCGGAUGCAGAAUCCAAUGCGUGUGGAAGACUGUCCUCAAAGUGAUCCGUUGCGGAGAAAGGGGUAUGACUGUUGGGCUUUGCGAAGACUGCAACAAGAAUUGGCUGGGUGCUGCGCUUCUCCUCCCGUCCUGCACAGAUCGCGAAUGAACUUGCAGUCGCCAUCAACACCCACUGCAGCAACGACAGCCAUUAUGAACUCGUACUUUAGCCUCGUCCCCAAUUCGCAAAUGACAAAUGCUAAUUUUACAGAUAGCCAUAACCUAAAUAAUGCGCAUUUCUAAACCUAUUCUAAAGUCCUAUGUGAGGAGCAUUCCAUGCUUUCACAUAGUGCAAGGGUUUUCCACAAAUGCAUACCCAUUUUUUGUAGAGUUAUAACAAGGGCAGGAAAGCAGAAGACAAAUGUGAGGCGUAAUGAUAUUAAUGUGAAUCUCCUUCAACAAAUUCAACAACUGGAGCAGCAGUACGUUUCCCCUGUCCUUGUCUCCCCUGCUGAUAAGAUAAAAGAGUCAUAACGAACAACAUAAAACUCCCAAAUGUGAAAUUCCCCUAGUCAUCACCGCAAAGUGAAACUGAGCUUCAUCCCCAAUUUACAAUCCUGAUAUAAACUCUGAAUCGUUGGGGAAUAACAAAUUCACUUGUUGGCUGUACUGCUAGCCUGCUGUGUUGAAGGAAGUAUUAUGUAUGACUCACAUACUCGACUUAUUGAGAUUCAGAGUUUGAAUUUCAUACAGAAAGCAAAAUAGAACAUUUAUGAUAAAAAAAACAUUGUGAAAAAACAUUAAAUUUUCAUUAUGUCAUGAAAUCUGAGAUUUAAAUAUCCGUAUACGUUGUACAAGUCAGCAUUAUCCUAGUUGUUAGCAUAUAUUUGUUCAACCGUUUGAGUACAAAAUAGAUUAUUCAAGUAGUCAAAAAGUUUGUGCUAGAUUUUAUCAUAUGAAAUAAAAUAAUGACUAUUUGAUAGUGGAUGUAAAUUUGAUCUAGAGCUUUAAGUACGAUAACCUCCAUAGAUUGUAGGAUAGAAGACUGUUGGAUUAUAGCCGUGGCCACAAUAAUCAAAUUAUCAAAUAUGCAGAUUUUGUGCCGAAAUGUAUUAUUACUAUUACUAACAAUAAACAGUGUAAACUUUCUACUGCAAAGUCAAAUUGUGAAAAACAAAGUUCACAGUGUUAAUCACGACUGCAUAUGUAUUUACGAUUUGAAACACUUUUGUACUAUAUUAAGUGUAGACUUUAUGAAAUGGAGGAAGAAUUUAACUGACUCCGUACAAGAAUCACACUACUGACUGUCGUUUACAAUCUGCAUACAACGUCCAGAAUCCAAAAACAAUAUAAACUUUUGCAACACCAUUGCAUGCAUACAUGAAAUGUAUCUACGUAAGUAGGUAGAGCCAAGAGUUGUAUAUGUAACUAAAAUUACUAAAUAAAAUAAAAAUAUGAAUCGGUUCGAUAAAAAAUGAGACAAGAAA